ACCAUAUCUAUGAAGUGUUUAAACCACCCCCCCCCCCCCCCCCCCACCACUCUUCAUAAAUAAUUAAUUUGGGUUGUAUUGAGUAAUGCUCGUUGGUUGUAUUCACUCUGUACGUAGCAGACAGAAUCGAUGAUUGAAAGCGUAUAAAAAAUUAUCUUAUAUUGUUAAUUAUGGCUGAAAACGAAGAUUUUGAAAGUGAAGGUGUUACAGAUUCACCCAAGAAAGGCCCAACACUAUCAACGAGCACAAGCAGUUUUGAAGCCCUGGACCCUCAUGAUCCCAACUUGAGCCGUCUGGCAACCAGCAUGUUUCAGAAGACAGCGGACUACUUGUUUGGCGAGCUUGCGUCUACUCAGGAAGACUACAGGCUACUGGAGGCUAUGAAUCAAGCGACUAUUAUAAAAUAUUCAGACAUGAAGCAGAUUGCCACCAACGUUGCCAGGACGAUAACAGAUCUCAAUGAGAAAUAUAAGUCUCUGCAGCCGUACCUGGAGCAAAUUGACCAGAUAGAGGACAGUGUUGUGAAGCUCGAGCAAGCAGCUUACAAGCUGGAUGCGUACUCCAAGCGACUAGAGACAAAGUUUAAGCACUUGGAGAAGCGAUAGUUCACUAGUAUGUGCCUGCAUCUUUACUUACUUCUGUGAUACAAACUCAAAUGAUUUUGUGUUUUCUUUAGAUAAAUAUCAAUGACUAUUGUUUUUUAUGGAGAGUUUAAUAAUCAAUGGAACUUGGUCAUAACAUUUUUGAGGGGCUUGACGAUUUCCACUUAAUAUAUUUAAUUGUAAACUUUGUAAAUAGCAACAACCUGAUAAAUUCAAUUAAAGUAACGGUUUGUGAAUCAAUGGGAGUUUACUUCCUAAUCAAUAAAUGUUUACAAAAAUAUAAAUAUUGCGACAAGAUUCGCUUGUCUGUUAUCAUAUGAUUUUUAAUGAUAUUUUAUGGAGUUACACUUGUUUCGAAUUUUGUAAUGUUUUGAUAACUGAUUUAUUGUCUUAUGUAAUUAUGGAUGUAUAUAUAUAAUAAAAUAUAAAUAUUUUGAAAAAUAUAUAUAAAAAAGGUUUUAAAUAUAUUUUUCCUUGUUACAGAGUAAUAGGGUUUUUAUGUAAGUUUAGGUAUGAUGCAGAGAUUGUUAGUGGUUUUUAGGGCUGGAAAUUUAUCUAAGGCCAGAAUUAGUCAAUCUUCAAACAGUGAGACCCGAUCAGUGUAUCAGGUAUAUGAUCUUUUUUUUUUUUUUUCUAAUCCACAUUUAUUUUCCUCUGAUUUUAUGUUAUUUUGAUUUUCAAUAGAUCAUGAGAACAGAAUAAUCAGCAUUAUUUGAGUAAAAUCACAGCUCUCACCCACAAUUAUUAAAAAUGUUAUUCAAUAUUUUCAUUAAAUUAAUUUAUCAGUCGAGUAGUUACUUCCUGUGUGGCGAGUUUCUGCUUGUAACGUUGCAAGACCCCUGCCCUCCUAGAUAAAUAUUUUUCUUUUAAACUAUGUAUUUUCAUGAAUGUAAACAUUUCUUAGAAGGUCUCGCUAAGAAUAUUUUACCAUUUUUAUGUGUUUUAGGGUUGAUAUUUGCACUUGCUGUAUUUGUUAAGAAUGUACUUUGUAUUUUAACAUUUUAAAUCAUUACUAUUUUUUAAGUAAUUGUUCACAAAUAAGUCGUCGUACUGGAUUUUUGCCUGUUUUGGCCUACUUUUUCAGGUUUUUUCUAAAUAAGUUUAAUUUUGUCAAGUAAUUUGUAUUUUGAUUGCUGUUACCUAAUGUUCUAGAACAAUGGACUUGGUGUGGAAUGUAUUAGAAAGAGGCAGGCAUAUAAGACCUAUGAGUGCGAGUGAGAUAGAAACGGUGAUUCCCCACCAAGAGAGAGCCAGAAAUGAUAUCUCGUCACUGCGUGGGAACUGUAGGAGUGUUAGAGAGAGAAGGAGAAAGUGAAUCCCCUGUUUCUAUGUGUGGAAAGGGUUUUCAGUGUAUAUGUUGUGUGUUCUGAUUGGCUUGUAAUUGUUAGUAUGAAUGAAGAGUGUAUGUGAUUGGUCGGUGAGGUCAUGUGACUGCCCUUCCUGCGUGGAGGAACCAGUGCCAUGAUUUCACCAGUCGUCUGUCGAUCGUUGCACCAGGAGGACACGUUCGGUGGCUUCUCACAAAAUAUGUAGUAAUUGAGAAGGAUAAAUUUAACGUCGGUAGCUCGAGCCAUGCCGAAGAUAGUAAUUUAAUCAUUUGUUGUUUUUGGAACUCUUUGAACAUUUUAAAUUAGAAAUUGUGGCUACCGACAUCAGCGUUUGGCUCAUGGCGAAAUUCAUUUUCGCUGGGUGCGGCCCUGUUUGAGGCCGCACUGAUUUCGUGUACUUACAGUAAGAUAUUACUGAAGGACUUAACCUACGUUGUUUUUUGUUAAUUCUCAUCGCCCGAGCUGCGAGCAAUUCUCGACAGGUGGAUGUACGAGUGGAAUGAGAGAGAAAAAUUUUGAAAGUGAUUGGAUUCGUCUGUGCAACAUUCUAUUUUGAAAAAUAAAACAAAAACUACAAUUGGCGCUUAA